AUGCAUGGGAAACCGCUAACGCAAAAGGAUCCCCUUGGUGUGCCGCAUCGCGGCAUUUCACUGACACACCCAUCGAACCCUGUCGUUUUUCUUGACAUCAAGUGCCCCAAACCAGCUGCCGGUGGUGAAAAGGAUGGGGCACCGCAUCGCAUUAUGUUUGAGCUCUUUGCAGAUUUGGCGCCAACGUUAGCUUCAAACAUGUACGGUCUGUGCGUUGGAAGCUCCACCCGUCUCGUGGAACAGCGAAUUCAGCCGGCGGGCUAUAAAGGGACCGUGAUGCAUGACGCGCUUGUCGGACAGUACGUCAUUGGCGGAGAUGUUAUGGGCGGUGGUGGGAGCGGCUUUUUUUCCGCGAUUGGUGAGCGUCAAGGCCCGCUGCAGAUUCCUGCAAAUGAACUGGAGGCUCUUGAAACAACUGCACCGUCCCGCUGUCAGCACGCCGAAGGUCUUUACAUGCAGUAUUGGAAUCACACUCCUGGCACCGCCUCAGCGAUGGCGUUGAAAGUGGCGUCUACGUUUCGGAUUGACGCGUUGGAGCGUGGGGCAGAUGCGAAGAUGCCAUCCGACGCCAUUCUCAUUGGACGAAUGGUGCACCGUGACGCAGAGGCCCAUGAAAGGACGAAGCGCCAGCUUCUGGAAAUUACGAGGGCGGUGUUUCAUGCCAAGCGGGAGACCGUGCCGCUGUUGCUGCCUACCAUUGUGUUGUGUGGUGAGAUGUGA